AUGGGAGGAGUCAUGCUUCACACGGCUACAUCUUGCUGGCAUUUAAUCCUGUGUGUGACCAUGGUUUUGGUCUUCGUUGGGACCACUCUAGGCUGUCCGGCCAAAUGUGAAUGCUCAGCACAAAACAAGUCUGUCAGCUGUCAUCGGAAACGAUUCACUUCUAUACCAGAGGGCAUCCCAAUAGAGACUAAAAUUUUGGAUUUAAGCAAGAACAGACUAAAAAGUGUGGGCCCAGAUGAUUUUUUUGACUUAUCCUUUGUUGGAGGAGAUAGAUCUCAGUGACAAUAUCAUCUCAAACGUGGAGCCUGGAGCUUUUAAUCUUUUCAAUUUACGUUCUUUGAGCUUAAAAGGGAAUCGCUUAAAACUGGUGGACCUGGGUGUCUUCACAGGAUUGUCAAAUUUGACUAAGCUUGAUAUAAGUGAAAACAAAAUAGUUAUCUUAUUAGACUAUAUGUUUCAGGGUCUUCAUAAUUUAAAGUCCCUUGAAGUUGGAGAUAAUCAGCUAGUUUUUAUAUCACAUAGAGCUUUUAGUGGACUGCUUAGUCUGGAGCAGCUCACUUUGGAGAAAUGCAACUUAACAGCCGUACCCACUGAUGCCCUCUCACAUCUACACAACCUCUAUAGUCUCCAUUUAAAAUAUCUCAACAUUAACGCGUUGCCUGAAAUUGCCUUCAAGAGAUUGUUCCGGCUGAAAAUUUUGGAUAUCAGUUAUUGGCCUCUUCUGGAUAUCAUACCUGCAAACAGUUUUUAUGGGCUGAACCUGACAUAUCUCUCAAUUACCUACACCAAUAUCUCAAUAAUUCCCUAUCAUGCUUUAAAACACUUGAUAUACUUAACGCACCUAAAUCUUUCCUUUAACCCCAUUAGCAGUAUUGAAGCAGGAGCGCUGGGAGACUUGGUUCGCCUUCAGGAAUUACACUUGGUUGGAGCCCAAAUACGCAUUAUUGAACCACAUGCCUUUCAAGGACUUAGGUUCCUGCGCUUACUCAAUGUGUCUCAGAACCAGUUGGAAACAUUAGAAGAGAAUGUUUUCCACUCUCCAAAGGCUCUGGAAAUACUUUGUGUUGAUAAUAACCCACUGAUAUGUGACUGUCGUCUCAUUUGGAUGUUGCAGAGGCAUCCCAUGUUGAACUUUGGAGGCCAACAGCCAACAUGUGCUAGCCCAGACAAUAUUAAAGAGAAAUCUUUUAAGGAAUUCCACAGCACUGUAUUAUCUCUAUACUUUAUAUGUAAAAAACCUAAAAUCAGGGAAAGAGAAAUGCAACAGUUGCAUGUAGAUGAGGGGCAGAGGGUGCAGAUGAAUUGCAACGCUGAUGGAGAUCCUCAGCCAAUGAUUGCCUGGGUUACCCCCCGAAGAAGGAUGGUUUCAGCAAAAUCCCAUGGAAGAGCCACAGUAUUGGUCAAUGGCACUCUGGAAAUAAGGUAUGCCCAGGUUCAAGACACUGGAACGUAUGUUUGUGUUGCUAGUAAUGCUGCUGGAAAUGAUACCUUCUCAGCUUCCCUUACUGUGAAAGGAUUUGUUCCUGACCGAUCCUACACCAACAUGACCCCCAUGUUCAUUACGGAAUUAAAUGAAACCAACACUAAUGGCACCAACUCUAACAUGACAUUUUCCUUGGAUCUUAAGACAAUACUGGUGUCUACAGCUAUGGGUUGCUUUACAUUCCUGGGUGGUUUUUUAUUUUGCUUCUUGUUGCUUUUUGUUUGGAGCCGAGGGAAAGGGAAGCACAAAACUAGCAUUGACCUGGAAUAUGUCCCUCGUAAAAACAAUGGUGCUGUAGUGGAGGCAGAAGUCACAGGCACUGUACCCAGAAGAUUUAACAUGAAAAUGAUCUAG